GAAGCGCACGUCCUCCACACAGACACACACCUCCGUCCUCGAGCACAGCCUAGGUGAGGCGCUCCCCGCGCCGCCGGCCGCCGCCCCGCAUGCAGCCGCACCACCACCACCACCACCCCCCGCAGGCUCACUUUCUGCAGAUCCACGGCAAGAACUGCUGCGUGUUCCGGGAUGACUUCAUCGCCAACGUCCUGCCGCCCGUGUUGGGGCUGGAGUUUGUGUUUGGGCUCCUGGGCAAUGGCCUGGCCCUGUGGAUCUUCUGCUUCCACCUCAAGUCCUGGAAGUCCAGCCGGAUCUUCCUGUUCAACCUGGCCGUGGCCGACUUCCUCCUGAUCAUCUGCCUGCCCUUCCUGAUGGACAACUACAUGAGGAAGUGGGACUGGAAGUUCGGGGACGUCCCCUGCCGGCUGAUGCUCUUCAUGCUGGCCAUGAACCGCCAGGGGAGCAUCAUCUUCCUCACCGUGGUGGCCGUGGACAGGUACUUCCGGGUGGUCCACCCCCACCACGCCCUCAACAAGAUCUCCAACCGGACGGCGGCCGUCGUCUCCUGCUUCCUGUGGGCCCUCACCAUCGGCCUGACGGUGCACCUCCUGUACAAGAAGAUGAUGAUCGAGAACGGCAGCGCCCACCUGUGCAGCAGCUUCAGCAUCUGCUACACCUUCCGGUGGCACGACGCCAUGUUCCUCCUGGAGUUCUUCCUGCCCCUGGGCAUCAUCCUGUUCUGCUCCGUCCGCAUCAUCUGGAGCCUGCGGCAGCGGCAGAUGGACCGGCACACCAAGAUCAAGAGGGCCAUCACCUUCAUCAUGGUGGUGGCCGUCGUCUUCGUCAUCUGCUUCCUGCCCAGCGUGGCCGUGCGCAUCCGCAUCUUCUGGCUCCUGUACACGAAGGGGACCGAGGACUGUGACAUCUACCAAUCGGUGGACCUGGCCUUCUUCAUCACCCUCAGCUUCACCUACAUGAACAGCAUGCUGGACCCUCUGGUGUACUAUUUCUCCAGUCCGUCCUUCCCCAACUUCUUCUCCGCCUUGAUCCACCGCUGCCUCCGCAAGAAGAAGCCGGAGGAGCCGGAUAAUAACCGGAGCACAAGCAUCGAGCUCACGGGGGACCUGAGUGCGUCCAGGAGUGUCCCAGGCGCUCUGAUGGCCGAAUCUGGGGAGCCCUGGAGCCCCUCUGGUCUGACUGCAGCUUCUCGCUAAAUUGCCAAGGAGGGAGACCUGUCACCAAGAACCCAGAUCUCUGGAGGAACCGUGUGGCCGGUGCCCAGAGGGACACCAUGAGGCCCGGCCCGGCCCGGCCCGGAGAACCUGACUGAGAGGAGCCGUGUGGGUGGAGUGGGCCGCUUGGCUGCAGGGACGGCAGCGAUCUCGGAGGAACGGAGAGUGAAACUUCCGCUCCGUCCUGGACACCUGCGGAACCGAAGACGGCAAAACCGUCCGGGUUUCCUGCCACGCCAAGUGGGAGCCACAGAGACGCCCGCCCGUCGGCACCUGUGAUUCCCGGGCGCCUGCCCUUCGCCUGCCCGAGACUUGGAUGGUUCUCAGCUCCUGGGGCCGUGCCUGGCCUGUUCCCGGCUCCGGCUCCGGCUGAGAAAAGGAGAACGAAGUGGUUGGAGAGGAAUUGCCGCUCCUGGGGGGAGCCCGGGCAUCGUUUCCCAAGGCCUCGGUCACCUGGGGUUCCUGGGGACCGGUUCGUCUUUCAGCCAAGCUUUAGCAGAACCGGACUGGACAGAGGGACUCAUGAACUUUGGUCACCAUCCGCGUUCCCCACGGUGGUAGGAAGGGGGUUGGCCCCGAGAGAUACAGUGUGACUGAGGGAAAGGAAAUGGCAUUGGUGUUGCCGCCUGCAGUUAAUCCUUUCCUCUCUUGUUUGCACUCAUUAAAAAGGCGUCCGUCCGGGAAGAGCUGCUUCCCUCCUCUGUUUGCUUUUGUCAUUAGGAGGGACAUGCUGGCCGGCGAGGCAGGGGAAGACGCCUCCGGCCCAUUUGCUUGUGUCUCUGUACUUGUGAGAAAGCCACCUCGUCAAUAAACUUGGAAAUGGGA